AUGAAAUUUUCCUCCAUCUCAGUCACCCUGAUCACCAUUUUCGGCCUUGUCGCAGCCUCGCCCCAGCGUGGCGGCAGCCGACAACAACAAGCCGCGGAUAAGAAGGCUCUUCAGGACCUCGCCGGGACAGAUGUUGACCCUAAUCUUGAGAACGGCACCAGACUUCUGUCAAAUGGUCAAGGACAAUGCGUUGCAGUUUCUGGGAGAGCGGUCUGUUCUGACUCUUCAGGAGCUACAUUGAGGGGUAAUUGA